AUGUCUUCCAAUUUAUUUAAAACAACUGUUAAUGAAUACUUAGAAAGUCUACCGAAAACUGUUCAAUCGAAAUUAUAUGAAGCUCCUGCAACAUGUUUAUCAAUUUAUAGAUUAUUAUCUCCAAUGGCUAAAUUUUAUAUAAUGUCAAUGAUUUUUAAUGAAAAACCAGUAAAUCUUCGAGAUUUAAACAAAUGGUGUAAACCACUGUCGAGAAAAUUAGAAUAUGAAGCAUUGAAAAGAUUAAAAGCAUUACAUUUAGUUGAGUAUGAUAAUAAAGGUUCACAUAUUAGAUUACAUUCAAAUUUUCGAAAAAAUUUCCGUGAUUGCUUAACGGGUACUCAAAAACCAAAUGCUUUUGGUAGUAUAAGUUUAACAAAUGAUAAACAUAAAGUUGAUAUUAAAUUCUUGGAUAAAUUUGCAUCACAAAAAUGGGAAAAUAUUUUACAUUUUAUGGUUGGUACUGAAUCAACAACUACCCCGUCAAAAUCCGUUUUAAGUUUAUUACAAUUGGGAGGAUUAAUGGAAAAUAAAAAUGGUUUAUCAAUUACUAAUUCUGGAUUUCAAUUCUUAUUACAAGAUGUAAAUGCUCAAAUAUGGACCUUAUUAUUACAAUAUUUAAAUUUAACUCAAGAUUUAAAUAUGGAUCCAGUUGAUGUUUUAAAUUUUAUAUUUAUAUUAGGUUCAUUAGAAUUGGGUAAAAGUUAUUCAGUUUCAAGUUUAAGUGAAACUCAAAGAAGCAUGUUGGCAGAUUUGAGAGAUUAUGGAUUAGUUUAUCAAAGAUCAGAUACUUCGGGUAGAUUCUAUCCAACAAGAUUAGCAACUACAUUAACAUCAGAUUCAGCUGGUUUGAAGACUCCAUCAAUGGCUGUUGAACAAGCUUUGGGAGAAGAAGCCGAAGAAACUGCUCAAGAAAGAAAUAUUCAAGAAUCAAUAAUUAUAGAAACAAAUUUUAAAGUUUAUGCAUAUACAAAUUCACCUUUGGAAAUUGCAAUUUUAAAUCUUUUUGUACAUUUAAGAACUAGAUUUGCAAAUAUGGUAUGUGGACAAAUUACUAGAGAAUCAAUACGAAAUGCAUUAUAUAAUGGAAUUACAGCGGAUCAAAUCAUUAAAUUUUUAGAUUCUCAUGCUCAUCCACAAAUGAAAUUGUUAGCUAAAGAGAGACUAGAUAAGAAAAUUGAAUUUGAUACCAGUAAUAAUAUAAAUACUGCUGGUGGUGCACCACAAAGUAAGAAUGAAAAUGUAAUUUCACAACACAAAUUAGAAAUUAUUCCACCAAAUGUUUUAGAUCAAAUUAAACUAUGGCAAUUAGAAUUAGAUAGAAUCCAAACCUUUGAAGGUUAUCUAUUUAAAGAUCUUGCAAAUCAACAAGAGUAUGAUAUUUUAUCAAAUUAUGCAUCUGAAUUAGGUGUUUUAAUAUGGUCAGAUAAAGUUAAGAAAAAGUUCUUCGUUACAAAAGAUGGUAUGUCACAAGUUGCUGAUUUUGCAAAUCGAAAAUUGAAAAGAUAA